GCUGCCGGGCCGCUGUGCCACCUCUCCCCGCUCUCCCCGCCCGCAGCGCUGGCCGCGGAGGUGCUGCCCGAGGCGCAGCCCGGCCGGAGCCGCCUGCGGCUGGAGCGGCUGGAGGUGACGCUGCUGGAGCUGCCCGGGGCUCCGCGCUGCCGGGGGGCCUGGAGCGGCCGGUACCGGGAGGCGCACGGGCUGCUCUUCGUGCUGGACUCGGCCGAGCCGGCGCGGCUGGAGGAGGCCCGCAAGGUGCUGAGCCGCGUCCUCAGCCACCCCGAGGCGUCCGGGAAGCCGCUCCUGCUGCUGGCCAACAAGCAGGACGCGGCGGGCGCGCUGCUGCCCUGCGAGCUGCCCGAGCGGCUGCGCCUGGAGCGCCUGGUGAACGAGAGCCGCUCGCCGUGCCGCAUCGAGCCCUGUGUCGCCGGGAGGGUCCCCCCCGUUAGCCCGGCCCGCGCCACCCUGCAGGGGCUGCGCUGGCUGCUCCGCGCCGCCGCCGCCGCCGCGCCGCCGGAGCCCGGCCCGGGCCCGCCGCACCCCGGGGCCGCCCGCAGGGACCGGCCGCGCCCCGCGGAGGAUGCUCGGGAGGGCGCGGGGAAGAGCGGGGAGCCCCGGCCGGUGCGGCCGGUGUGCCGCCUCCUGCCCCCGGAGGAGAGCACGAAGGGCCCCAGGAGGAGGAAGAGGAAGGUGAAGGUGAAGGUGAAGAAGAAGGGCUCGGGGCAGCCAAGCCCAGCUGCAGAGUCGGAGGGACCGGGAGCAGGGGCUGCCGGGGGGCUGCUGCUCCCCAACAGGGUCGGGCAGGAGGAGCCCAUGCCCACCCCCCGCCCAGCACAGGGUAUGAAAAAGAAAAAAAAGAAGAAAAUCAAGAAUAAAAUCAAGUCACGAGAACCUUCUCUGGAGCAGCAGCGUGAGGAGAUCUCAAGCACCUUUGAUCUGUACCGCCGGGCCAUGCUGGCGCUGAAGAUGAGGCAGCAGCAGAGGAAGCAGCCGUCGGCCAUCGCCCCCUGAGCAGGGAGGCACAGCCAGGGGCGCGGUCCCUGCGGUGGCAGUGGCACCCACGCUCCUGCCCAGCUGCCGGGGUGCUUGGCCAGGCUGGCAGAGCUGGGAAAUGGCUCCUGGGCCACAAACAGCAUCUUUGUCCCCCGCGGGGCUUGAAAACCAGGGAUCCACAGGGCGAGCCAAAGGUGCCUGUGUGAGAUGCCCCUCUGGCAGCCGGGCUGUAAAUCCAUGUGAAAAGGGAGCAGCCGGCCCUGUUAGUGCCCCGUGGGAGACUUCCCCUAAACCCGGACUGCUCUGGGGAGGAGAGGGAGAUCCGAGCACACAUCCCGGAGGAGAGCUUGUCCCUGCAUGGACCUGUGCCCUGGCAGAGCUUUUUCCCGGAGGAGAGCUUGUCCCUGAACGGACCUGUGCCCUGGCAGAGCUUUUCGCAGCUCAGGGCUGCACUGGAACAGUGUCGGUGGUCCCUGCUGGUGGAGGGAGGGCAGCCCCAGGCGGUCCCUGGGGAGGAGAGCUCUGCACAAGCCUCAGCCACAUCUGGCAGGGCCGUCAGGACCCGGGCCACACGCUGGAGGAAGGUGACGCCCGGUUUGUGCAUCCUGCAGCCUGGCAGCGAAAAUCGAAGUUCCAAGCAGCUGGUGGCGGAGGCUGCAUCCCCAGGAGCGUUCCUCCUGACCGUGCCAUCCUUCCAGGAGGGUCCCUGGCGCUCCAGCCUGGUGCUCUGCUGGCCCAGGUGGUCCCUGAGGUGUGCUCAGCUCCGCCCUGAGAGGGCCAGCAGCAGCAGAGCCGUGCCAGCCCGGCCACCUGGGCACACCGUGUGUGCCAGAGCCGUGCCAGCCAGAGCCGUGCCAGCCAGAGCCGUGCCAGCCCGGCCGCAAACCACGGCAGCCCUUCCUCGGCAGGGCUGGAAAGGGAAAAGGAGAGGAACUGGCUGCUCUGCCUUGCCAGCCUGCCAUAAAGUUCUGUCUGCCUCUGCUGGGUUCAGCUGUUGGUGACUGCAGGGAUUGUUUGUAAAUAAACUGUAAAUAGCAGCAGCAGAAGUUAACAGUGCCCUGUAAAUACAGCACUUGCAAUA